AUGGGCCGCGGCAAGAAGAAGGUCCUCAGCGACUUCAUCGACAGCAUCCCCGACGAGAAGCUGGAGGGCUUCCCGGACUCGCCGAGCACGCUGUACCAUGACCUAGACUUUCGAUUCGACAUGCAAGGCAUAACGAGCAACGACGAGUGGAACUUGCAGAUCCAGGUCAACUUCAAACCGAAGACGCCCUCGCUUCGCAAGUUCGCCCCCAAAACAGUGGCCGGUCCGGUCUUGGUUUCUCGCAGCGAGCCGCUUACGGGCGAGGAAAUCAGGCAGGCCCUGAGGGAUACCGUGAGAUUUGAAUGA